AUUCUGUCAGAGACCCUGUUUGCUGUCCUGCAGAUCAGAGCAAGGGUCAGUUGAGCAUGCUGAUAAACUCACUCUCACUCCGCCCACCACUGCCUGAUGUACGUGCGCCACGGAGGAGCUGCUUCCUACACCGGAGCGCUGAAGGUUGUCUUUACAGAGCUGAAACAUGCCGCGUCGUGUGGCCGUGGUUGGAGGCGGUAGCUCAGGACUAGCUUGUAUCAAGUGCUGUCUGGAUGAAGGACUGGAGCCUGUCUGCUUCGAAAGCAGCGAUGACAUCGGCGGUCUGUGGAGGUUCAAGGAGACCCCGGAGCCAGACAGAGCGAGCAUCUACCACUCUGUCAUCAUCAACACCUCCAAGGAGAUGAUGUGUUUCAGUGACUUUCCCAUCCCUGCACACUUCCCAAACUUCAUGCACAACUCCCUCAUCAUGGACUACUUCCGGAUGUAUGCUGACCACUUCAAGCUCGUCAAGCACAUACGCUUUCAUACCAGAGUGUUGCAGGUGAAGAAGAGAUCAGAUUUUUCUCAUUCAGGCGAGUGGGAUGUUGAAACAGAGAACAAGGAUGGCAAAAAGGAGAAACACAUUUUUGAUGCUGUGAUGAUCUGUAUUGGACAUCACUGCAUACCCAACAUGCCUCUCGAAGACUUCCCAGGCAUUGACACCUUCAAGGGAAAGUAUUUCCACAGCAGAGACUACAAGACUCCAGAGGAGUGGAGGAAUAAAAAGGUUGUAGUGAUUGGAAUAGGAAACUCUGGAGGAGACAUAGCAGUGGAACUGAGCAGAGUCACUAAGCAGCUUUACCUGAGCACUCGAAGGGGAGCCUGGGUGCUGAACAGAGUUGGGGACAACGGGAUGCCCCUUGAUUUGUUAUUCAACAGGAUUACGGAUACUGCAACCAAACUUUUUCCCUUUGGUUUCAUGUGUUCUCUGGUUGAGGGCCAGCUGAACCGAAGAUUUGACCAUGCCCUGUAUAACCUGAAGCCAAAGCACAGAUUGUUCAGCCAGCAUCCCACCGUGAACGAUGAGCUUCCCAACCGCAUCCUAUCUGGAACGAUUCAAGUGAAACCCAACAUCCGCAGAUUUCACGGUUCCAGUGUGGAGUUUGAUGAUGGAAGUGUGGUGGAAGAUGUUGACCUUGUGGUCUUUGCCACGGGUUACAAGUUUUCCUUUCCAUUCCUGGCCUCACAUGUUGUCUCAGUCUCUGAGAACAAAGCAGCACUGUACAAGUAUGUGUUUCCCCCUGAGAUUGAGCGGCCCACACUGGCUAUUAUUGGUCUAGUGCAGCCACUGGGAGCCAUUAUGCCCAUCUCUGAGAUGCAGGCCCGAUGGGCCACACGUGUCUUUAAAGGCUGCAUAAAGCUUCCCUCAGCGGACGCCAUGCUAAAAGACAUUCAGAACAAGAAGGAAGAAAUGGCUAAGAGGUAUGUCACCAGUCAGAGGCACACCAUCCAGGUUGACUAUAUCAAAUACAUGGAUGAGAUAGCGGAGCAGGUGGGCGUGCGACCCAACUUACUAAGGAUGCUGCUGACUGAACCCAGGCUGGGACUGAGUGUGAUAUUUGGUCCCUGCACGCCAUACCAGUAUCGCCUCAGGGGGCCAGGAAAGUGGGCAGGGGCGCGUCAGGCCAUCUUCACUCAGUGGGAGAGAGUAGCUAAGCCCAUGCAGACCAGGUGCUGUGAUGAGCCGCAACCGAAGAGAUCUUUCAAGUGGCUUUUUCUUCUGACAACUGCUGGUGCUGUAGGCUUAGCUGUCUACUUUAACAAAAACAACCUUCCAGCCGUCCUGCAGGAUCCCAGUGCAUUGUUGGACAGGAUUAAACAAUAUCUGCCCAUACAGUGAGGCAACAAGUGACCAGUUCCAUCUGUUAAUGAUUUUACAUGAAAGGAAAUGUACAGCAAGUUCUGAAAUUGUACCAACAUAUGGCACUUGAGUCAGAGUUGCACUAUAACUUCAAAUAGCAGCUGAUGUUGCACUACACUAAAAGGCAUUGUUUAGUGUAUUGUUUUACUCUACUCGUUUAAACCCGCAGAAAUGUAUUGCUACUGUCUCUGUCUGUGAUAAUAUUUGGAUUAUGUUUUCAUUGAAAGAAAUCGGUUUCGUGCACUUUGGGGUUUAUUUUGAGAUAUUUGAGAUAUAUAUGACGACAUGUAAUGUAUUUCUUGUGCCUCAUAUAAUUUUAAAAGCAGGUAAAAUGAUGCAUUGCACUAUUUGUGAUAAAGUCCAGGGCACAAAUGCAUCUAAUGCUUUGCUUUAUUAUAAAUAAUCUGUUUUAUCAGAAAGAUAGAACCAUACUUGAGGAAAUGACCACCACAUUUUAAAAAAUAAUUUAUUAAACCUUUUAAAUUUUGAAUUGGGUUUUGUUUGCUGUAAUGAAACAUGGACGAUAAACUUGGCAGGACAGGAGGAGAAAUGGCUCUUACAAAUCUUUCCGAUACUCACUUAAUAUCAUGUAAAACUGUUCUUUCUUUAUUGAGACUAAAUGUUAAGUUUGUGUACGGUAUUGAUUAAUAUGUGACUCUGAAUGUUACCCUAAUGCUUUUUACAAUAAACGGUAAUUAUGAACUUUGUUACCACA